CGACGCCGCACAUUUUGAACCGGUCUAAAAUAUGAACCCGUCUAACCACAACAUAACUGCAGCAUGACAGUUCUCGCGCGGUAGUAGUGGUAGGUGAAAUAAGAGGGAAAGUAGAUGAAUGAGGUGCAAGUAGAAUUCGAUAAAAACAACGGAAUUUCGCCAUCGUAAAAGUAGGAAAAGAAAAUCAGUUUAGAGUUAUUAAAGUUAUUUAAAAUUUAUUUCGGUAACCAAAUUACACUAAUUGGUGCUUCCGUAAGUUGUGGGAGUGCGGUGUAAACUGAUAUACAAAGUCCGUAAGUUGAAACCUGUAGAGAAAAAAGGUAAAUUAUUAGUGAAACUUAGCAAAUACUUACCUGGAUUUCUCCCACUAGCUGUGCAAAUACCGGUGCUUGGUACGCCCCGAAACAGGGGAAAAUAACCAGAAAAGCUGCCGUGCCAGUGGAUUAUAUCCAUCCGCGCAACAUACCGAUUAGGGUAACGGCCCCAAUUAUAGUCCAACCAGAGAAUUGAGAAAAGAAGUCGUGGCAAGGAAACCAUUUAAUUGUAAGUUGUUAGUAAUUUUAGUCUGUGUUGUGAAUUGUGUUUAUUGAAUUUGUUAAUAAAUUUCAGUUUAAGCGUUGCUUCAAAAAACCUGAGCCGCUAUAAAAAUCUGGUUUCCCUCUCGGGAACAUUCUUAAAAAUUAAAUGACACCCGCGAAGUAACUUCCGCGAAGUGAUAGUGUCAAGUGAGAAGUUCGGACCUGCCAAAAGAUGACUUCCGAUGCUGAGUCCACCCACGACCAAACCGUCAUGGAUCUGACGGCAACUCAAUGUACGAUUUGUGGACUAUCUACGAGCGACGAGGUGAUGGUCUGCUGUGACGGAUGUUCUAAAUGGUUCCAUAUAUGUUGCGUGGACAUCGAUGAGGACAAUCUGCCGAAGAAGUGGUACUGCCAAAGCAAGGCCUGCCAGAAGAAGGCCCAGGAGUACCGGCAGAAGCAGAAGGACGCCAAGAAGCAGCCUCGCACCCGGAAAAACGACAACGAGUCGGACAUAUCCAGCGUCAGCUCUCGUCUAGCUGCGUCUAGCGUGGAAGCAAAAGGCCGAGCGUUAGAAGAGAAGCAGAAGCAGCAGUAUGAAGAGCUGGAGGUGGAGAUGCUGCUGCGGAAGAAAGAAAUGGCGAUGCAGCGCGCAUUCGAGCAGCGAAAGAUGGAGUUGGAGCUACAGAUGCGCGCUGAAGAAGAAGUGAAGCAAAGGGCAUGGCAAGCGGAGAUGCUCCAAAAGAAGAAGGAGCAGCUUCAGCGGCUGAAGGCGAACAGGAAGUCGUCCUUCGAGAUGCAAAUGGCGGCCAUGGAUGAGGAGUUAGCUGAACUUUCGGGUCGAAAGUCGAAGCCGGCGCCGAAAGUAGUCACGGACGUUUCGCGAGCGAUUCCUUCCGGCAAAAUCAACCCGAACGUGUUGAAGCUGAGCAAGGAGAAGGAGAGAAAGCAAACGCGAGGCUACGACAGCACCGACGAAGAAGACGAGGACGAGUAUUCUGACGAUUCGGAUCUGCAGAGUCAGAGUUCGGUCUCGUCGAUGGAUCGCAAGACAAAACGGAAGAUGCGCAAUAAAGUGGGAAGUCUCAGCCAAAACGGGCUGGGGCAGCAGCAGACCGGACCGACGAAGGCACAGCUGGCUGCGAGGAUGGGGUUAACCUACAAACUCCCAAAAUUCUCCGGCAAACCAGCACAGUGGCCAUUGUUCUACGCGGCCUACAAAGUGUCCAACGAUGUCUGCGGCUACAUGAACCACGAGAACUUGAUGCGACUUCAGGAAGCCCUGGAAGGCGACGCUCUCGAGCUGGUGUCCGGGCAGUUGCUUCUUCCCGAAUCCAUCCCGCAAGUAAUCGAGAAGCUGCGCCGGCACUUCGGCCGCCCGGAACAACUGCUUCAAUGCCUGCUGGACAAGGUGAACCGGCUGGAACCCCCGAGGCCGGACAAUCUGAGGAGUUUUGUUCCAUUCGGAAACACGGUGGAGCAACUCUGCGGCCAUCUAGAGGCAGCGGAUCUACGGCAACACCUCGUCAACCCGCUGCUGAUAAAGUCGCUGGUCGCCAAGCUGCCGGAUCGGGAAAAGCGUGAGUGGGUCCAUUACCGGCGAGGUCGAGGGGAAACAACGUUGCGGACGCUGACGGAUUUCCUGAUGGACAUCGUGGCAGACGCCUGCGAAGCUAACGUUGACGUGGACUUCGUGGAGUUCAAUUCACCGCCGUCGUCCGAAGCAGAUUCCCAAUCCGAAGAGGAGGGUUCGGAUGAGGCUGGACCCAACCCGCUCAUGCAUCCGGUCGAAAAUACGGUCGGGCUAAGUGCACACAUCCGGACAAACUGCACGGUAUUGUUCCGGAUCGUUCCGGUGCAGCUGCACUACGGUGGAAAAACGGUGUCAGUGCUGGCGUUCCUGGACGAAGGUGCUUCCGUCACGCUGGUGGAGAAAAAGCUCGCCGACCGUCUGGGCGCGGUCGGAGUACAAGAGCGAUUGACCAUCCAGUGGACGGGAAACAUGUCGAGAGAGGAGGAUUCCCGAAGAAUGAGUCUUUGGGUUGGAUUCUGA